AUGGGUCGCAUGCACACUCCUGGGAAGGGCCUGUCCCAGUCGGCGAUGCCCUACCACCUGACUCUCUCCCAGAUAGGUGUGAUCCUGAGGGACUCACAUGGUGUGGCACAGGUCCGUUUUGUGACUGGUAAUAAAAUCUUGAGAAUCCUUAAGUCCAAAGGCCUUGCCCCUGACCUCCCUGAGGAUCUCUACAAUUUGAUUAAGAAAGCCGUUGCUGUCCGAAAGCAUCUUGAGAUAAACAGAAAGGAUAAGGAUGCUAAAUUCCGCUUGAUUCUGAUAGAGAGCAGAAUUCACCGGUUGGCUCAAUACUGUAAGACUAAGCGGGUCCUCCCACCCUAUUGGAAAUACGAGUCAUUCACAUCCUCUGCUCUAGUGGCAUAA